AUGGCACCCAAAGAUUCCAAUCACAAGCUAAUGGUUGUCCUUUAUGCAGAAGCCAAGUUACAGAAAUCUAUCAGCUUACCAGGCAGUUUUACCAUUUCACGCGCUAAGCAGGAGGGGAUGGAGGCAAUCAAGGAACACUUGAAGAUACUUCCCGGUGUGCCACUUGUCACCCUAGACCCCGAUUGUACCGAUUUUUACCCAGUUCCAAGGGAUGAUAACACCGUCAUACGCACUCUGAAGGGUGAUCUUACAAUGGUUGUGUACCCACAACCCCCCGAAGGACAGCACUUGACACCCUCACCCUUUGUCGAUGCUCUUCAAUCUGCGAUUCGUGAAAGCACUGAGCGUUAUGUCAAACCGGCUGACAACAAUAAUGACAUACUUCGUAGACUCGCAUCAAUGGAGGAAAAAUUUGGGCGUGACAUUGCUGAGCUGAAGCAAGCGAAUGCUGGACUGCAGCAAGUGAAUGCUGGAUUGCAGCACGACGUGGAAGAGCUGAGGCAGGUGAAUGCUGGACUGCAGCACGACGUGGAAGAACUGAGGCGGGUGAAUGCUCAGCUGAAGCUCGACAAUGCUCAGCUGAAGGACGACAAUGCUCAGCUGAAGCUCGACAAUGCUCAGCUCAAGCACAAGAAUGCUCAGCUCAAGCACGACUUCAAAGAGCUGAGAAGUCAAUUGGAUGAAACUAAUAGAGCUGUAUUGGGUGAUAAAGUCGCAAUCAAUAAGAUCCGUCGUCGGGUACUCCUUGACACUGGUCGCGAUCAGCUGGCUAUGAUAUGCGGCCACAAGAACUGGAGGGAGUGGAAGGACGAGAAGACCACGUCAACUCCGAGUCCAGGAGAUGAUCAGACUGUCCAAACUAUGAUGACUGAAGCGGAGGUAAUACUUGAGAAUUCCACUGAUGCAUCAGAUUAUUGGAAAGCUGUUGGGAAGGAUCGUUCAACUCUUCGCUUUCUCAUUCAUCGUAGCCAUAUCAGGACUGAGGGAGAUAUUGUAGCGCACAAUUCAACUGCGGAGGCUAUUGCGGAGAGCGUUCUAGCUCUGAUCGCUUCGAGUGACAGGACCCAUAUGAUUUCCAUAUUCCGUGCAGUUUACAAUGACGAACCAUGACAAAGUCUUUGUAUAAUAAUUUCUAGAUAGCUGAAAUGUAAUCUGAACGCAUGCUUUCAGUUUGCUACAUCUGCGGGCUUCUCUCUCCCCCC